AUGGGCUGCUACCUGCUGCUGCUGCUCCUGGGACUGGCAGGCCAAGGCUCAGCUGACAGCCAUCCCGAGGUGCUACAAGCUCCGGUGGGGUCAGCCAUUCUGGUGCAGUGCCACUACCGGCUCCAGGACCUGAGGGCUCGCAAAGUGUGGUGCCGGUUCUCGCAGGAAGCCUGCCAGCCGCUGGUGACAUCAGCCGUGGACCGAAGAGCUCCCGGGAAUGGACGCAUAUUCCUCACUGACCUGGGUGGGGGGCUCCUGCAGGUGGAGAUGGUGACCCUGCAGGAGGAAGACACGGGGGAGUACGGCUGCGUGGUGGAGGGAGCCGCAGGGCCGCAGACCCUGCACAGGGUCUCCCUGCUGGUGCUGCCACCGGAGGAAGAGAAAGAGACCUACAGAAACGGAAGUCUGCCCGAGGACCCUUCCUUGGACCCUUCUGGGGGUUCAAGUCCUCCCUUGUUCAGACGGCAUGAGAACAGUAUUCCCCUGAUCUGGGGUGCUGUGCUACUGCUAGGCCUGUUGGUGGUGGCUGUGGUGCUGUUUGCUGUGAUGGCCAGAAAGAAAGGUAACAAGCUUGGUGUCUGUGGCCAGUCCCAGAGCAGUGGAGUUUCAAGCAUGGACCCCUCCUCAGCAGCCCACCACAGCAGUGACCCUGGACUGGCUGCCAGGCUGCCCACGGACUUACCGUAUGUGAGGCUCGACUCGCCACCUCCCUUUGACGUCACCUACACGGGCUUUUCUCUUGAUCCUCCACUGGGGAAGCCCUCAGCCCCACCUCUACAACCCUCUCUGCCACCUAAGGUUCUGGUGUCCUCCAAGCCUGUGACAUAUGCCACAGUUGUCUUCCGGGGAGGGGACAAGGGUGAAGGAACUUCCUGUGAGCCGGUUCAGGAUCCCACAAAGAGCCAAACCCCACCCAACUAA